AUGGAGGUGGAAGGUAAAGGAGGAGAAGCUGGAACCAGCACCAAGGCAACUCGGAGAUUCGCACUUCCGGUGGAUGCGGAGAACAAAUCAACAACUUUCAGACUAUUCUCAGUCGCUAAACCUCACAUGAGAGCUUUCCAUCUCUCAUGGUUUCAGUUCUUCUGCUGCUUCGUCUCCACCUUCGCAGCUCCACCGCUCCUCCCUAUCAUCCGUGAAAACCUUAACCUCACCGCAACUGACAUCGGUAACGCCGGGAUAGCCUCUGUCUCCGGCUCUGUUUUCGCACGUAUCCUCAUGGGCACGGCUUGUGACCUCUUCGGUCCACGUCUCGCCUCCGCCGCUUUGACACUCUCCACCGCUCCCGCCGUCUAUUUCACCGCCGGGAUAAAGUCUCCGAUCGGGUUUAUCAUGGUGAGGUUCUUUGCUGGAUUCUCUUUGGCCACUUUCGUCUCCACGCAGUUCUGGAUGAGCUCUAUGUUCUCUGGACCCGUCGUGGGAUCGGCUAACGGAAUCGCCGCCGGGUGGGGAAACCUCGGAGGAGGAGCGACGCAGCUGAUCAUGCCCAUCGUCUUCUCGUUGAUUCGGGGAAUGGGAGCCACCAAGUUCACGGCGUGGAGGAUCGCUUUCUUCAUCCCCGGUCUGUUUCAGACUCUCUCUGCUUUCGCCGUUCUCUUGUUCGGUCAGGAUCUUCCUGAUGGAGAUUAUUGGGCGAUGCACAAAUCUGGAGAGAAGGAGAAAGAUGAUGUGGGGAAAGUGAUCACACAUGGGGUGAGCAACUAUAGGGGAUGGAUAACAGCAUUAGCAUAUGGCUACUGUUUUGGAGUAGAGCUUACCAUUGACAACAUCAUCGCAGAAUAUUUCUUCGAUAGGUUCCACUUAAAACUCCAGACAGCUGGGAUUAUAGCAGCCAGUUUUGGACUAGCCAAUUUUUUCGCUAGACCUGGAGGAGGAAUUUUCUCUGAUAUAAUGGCCAGACGGUUUGGGAUGAGAGGAAGGUUAUGGGCUUGGUGGAUCGUUCAAACACUAGGAGGUGUGUUGUGCGCAUGUCUUGGCCAAAUUUCUUCAUUGACAUUGUCUAUAGUUGUUAUGCUCAUCUUCUCUGUGUUCGUCCAAGCCGCUUGUGGACUUACCUUUGGCGUAGUUCCGUUUAUUUCUAGAAGAUCUCUUGGGGUGAUAUCGGGAAUGACUGGUGCGGGAGGCAAUGUAGGCGCGGUCUUAACUCAGUUGAUAUUCUUCAAAGGAUCAACAUACUCGAGGGAGACGGGUAUAACUCUUAUGGGGGUCAUGUCUAUCGCUUGUUCGUUACCAAUAUGCUUGAUUUACUUUCCGCAAUGGGGAGGUAUGUUCUGUGGACCAUCUUCCAAGAAAGUAACUGAAGAAGACUACUACCUCUCUGAGUGGAGCCCUGAAGAGAAAGCUAGAAACUUACAUCUCGCGAGCCAGAAAUUUGCGGAAACCAGCGUUAGCGAAAGAGGUCGAGCUACUACUCAUCCCCAAACUUGAUAAAUUCAACAUGGUCCUUUUUGUUUGUUGUUUAUAUGUAUUGAGUUGUUGAGUAUGCUUCUGUCUUCUUAUCUUUGGGUUUGUUUUGGCUUCAGAGUUUACAAGAACUCUUUUUGUUUUGUUUUAUCUAUAAUUGUGUGAUAAGUUGUGUAUGUUAUGUAUACAUGUUACUGCUUUCUUUGU